UUUUUGAAAGAAAAUAAUCUUCCCAAUAGUCAUGCAGCUUUACAGGAAGAAUCCACGAUCGCUCUCAAUACAGUAGACUCUAUGGAAUCUUUCACAAAUGAAAUUAUACAAGGACAUUGGGAUGUCGUGUUAAGAACAGUAUCUAACCUGAAAAUACCACAACGUAAAUUGAUCGAUUUAUAUGAGCAGAUUGUUUUGGAAUUAAUUGAAAUGCGAGAGCUGAGUGCGGCUCGAACUUUAUUAAGACAAACAGAUCCUAUGCAGUUUCUAAGGGAUCAUUUUUCGGAAAGAUAUUUACAUCUGGAGCAUUUGCUUUCCAGGACAUGGUUUGAUCCAAAGGAGUCAUAUCAACCUGGCAUGACAAAGGAGAAGAGACGCCAGAUCAUUGCUCAAGCACUUUCUAGUGAAGUGACGGUGGUUCCGCCAUCUAGACUUCUUACUCUUCUUGGACAAGCCUUGAAAUGGCAACAGCAUCAAGGGUUGUUGCCGCCAGAUACUGCCUUCGACCUUUUUCGUGGGUCCGCUCCAACUACGAAGGCAGAAGAUGAUGCAGUUCCUACAAAAUGUUAUACCACAAUUAAGUUUCCCAAAAAACACCAUGCAGAGUCUGUAGCAUUUUCACCCGAUGGGCAAUAUUUAGUAACAGGUAGUAUGGAUGGAUUCAUUGAAAUAUGGAAUUUUUUAACUGGCAAGCUUCGUAAGGAUUUUAAGUAUCAAGUGGAGGAUAAUCCUAUGUUGAUGGAGGAUCCAGUGCUGUGCCUUAGUUUUAGUAGAGACAGUGAAAUGCUGGUCUCUGGUGCACAAGACGGGAGUAUAAAGGUCUGGAAAGUUCACACAGGUCAAUGUACUCGACGCUUUUCCCCGGCACAUAGUCAAGGAGUUACAUCUGUGUGUUUUAACCGUGAUGGUAGUCAGGUUUUAAGCUCAAGUUUUGACCAUACAGUCAGACUUCAUGGUUUGAAAUCUGGAAAGACAUUAAAAGAGUUUCGUGGUCAUUCAUCUUUCGUUAACAAUGCAAUAUUUUCAUAUGACAUGUCAAGGGUGAUCAGUGCAAGUAGUGAUGGUACUGUAAAGAUUUGGGAUAGUAAAUCAACUAGCUGCCUUCACACGAUAACGCCACAUGGUGGGCAGGGAGCCUCUGCGACUAUUUCAGGUGGAAUAACGGUUAACUGUGUUGUUCAGGUGCCAAAGAAUAUGGAUCAACUGAUUGUUUGUAAUAAAAGUCCCACGAUUUACAUAGUAACCAUGAGAGGACAGAUUAUUAAAUCAUUUACUUCUGACAAGAAAACGGGUGGUGAUUUUGUGAGUUGUACUGUUUCACCACAAGGUGAUUUCAUUUAUUGUGCUGCAGAAGAUUCAAAUUUAUAUUGUUUCAAUGUUCAAACUGGGAAGUCAACAACUUUAAAGUUAUCUGAUUCGGAAGUCAUUGGAAUUGCGCAUCAUCCAUUCUCAAACAUUUUGGCAUCAUAUUCUGAUGAUGGCAUUAUAUCUUUAUGGAAACCUUAA